CCCCCCUUCUACAACUCUCUCUCCACACACUGUCUGACAGACCUGUGGAUGGUGAAAUUCAGUUUGCUGAAGAGCAAAGAGGCAGGACACAAACGGCGGAAAUUCCAGAAUACUCUUCCUUGAAUACUGACUCAGUCUGAAACGCUUGGACACACACACACAUGGAGCAGGAGGAGCUGAUUGAAAGGGAUCUGACCCUGGCUGUGCAGCUUCCAGGAGAACAGGAGAGAGCAGUUACGGUGCAUGGCAGCAAACCAGUGAUGGACUUGCUGGUCACUCUGUGUGCACAGUACCACCUGAACCCAUCGGACCACAUCAUUGAGCUUAUCUCCACCAAUCAGAACCAGAUUAAGUUCAAACCAAACUCUCUGAUUGGCUCUCUGGAAGCUGAGCGGGUUGUGCUUAAACCUAAAGGAAGUGAUGACAAUAACAGAAGAGCUUCUAAUAUGCCUGUGGCCACAGUGCGUUUGAUGAUAAACUACAGGAAGUCCCAUAAGGCUGUAGUGCGAGUCAACCCCAGGGUACCACUGGCUGAGCUAAUGCCUGCUGUGUGCGAAAAGUGUGAAUUUGACCCUGACACCACUGUCUUAUUGAGAGACAGCCAGUCAGAAGACCCCCUCGACCUCACCAAAACGCUCAAUGACUACGGCAUCAGAGAUCUGUAUGCCAAAGACACAAGAGUUCAUUCAAAUGACCCAAAGGACCCAGCAACACCAGAUCAUAAAGUAUGCGAGGUGAAGAAGAUGGUGAUCAGGGAGAAACACCAGAAAGAGAAAGAGAACAAAGGAUUUCUCAGCUUGUUCAGGAGAAACAAGAAAACAGCUGAAGAGGAUGUGUCCAGCACCAACAGUGCCCCUACGUCUCCAGCAAUAAAUAAUCACCAUGUGGUUAAUAUUAGCUGUCUAAAGGGAAAUUCACCCACAUCCACUCCAUCCGCCGAUAUGUCCAAGAAGAGACGGGCACCGCAGCCUCCGAGCAUGAUGGGGUCCCAGAGCUUCCCCUGCGGACUGAACUCUAGCCAGUCCAUCACCUUGCCAACUGACCAAGCUAACGGAAAACAGGGUGUGCUUAGUCGUGUCUCUUCCACUGAGUCAUCUCUUAAAAGGACCAAACGAAGAGCUCCGCCUCCUCCAUGCACUAGUUCCUCUAUGCCAGACUCUAAUGAGAAAGAGUGGUCCUGUGUAGAAGCCUCACUAAACCUCGCCUCAAUAGAAGAAGCUCAAGAGGAGGCUGAUGUACCAUCACACUUGAGCAGCAACUGUUACAACCAGGACAGUGAUUUUACAGCCUGUUUGCCCAGCCAAUCAACCUCUUUAAUGACAGAGAUCCUGUCUGAAUUCAUGGAUGUAAUGAAGACAAAAGAACAGGGAGAGCUCUCGUCUGACAGUUCUGUCACAUAUUUACCUCCAGCAGCGAACAGUUCUUCAAACUCUCAGUCGGUGCCUGGCUCUCCAGCCAGCAGUCAGGACUCCAAUCCCAUAGGGCCCCCUGGUGGCUUGCAAUGGAGGAACUGCUCUUUGAGAGAGGGUCUCACUACCUUCACCGUGGUACCACAGAGAAGACAGCCAAUCUUGAGGCAAUAUGAGGUUCUCGUCACCCUGGAGGCUUUAGCCUCUUUGGAGCAGAGUGAUGGAAGGACAGAGAUUCUAGAGAGCAUUCCUAAACAUGGAGAGAAUGUGGAGACUUUGGCACCAAAAGAGAUUGGGAAUGCUGAGCUGUGUGAGGAUGAGAUGAUGAUUCUGGGAAAAAAAUAUGGCAAAAGUGAAAAUCGAGAGGAAAGAGAUGGAGGGCUGGGCAUUCCAAGGCCAGCAGAGAAAGUGUUUGACAAGUUUGAGAUGAAUAGAGAUAUUGAGAAACACUCUGAAAGGGAGAGAUGGGAGAUGGAAGAUGAAGUGGAAGAAGAGAAGGAUUGGGUGAAGGAGUAUAGAGCGAGGAGAAGAAGAUUUCAAGGUGACACUGUUGACAGGAAAGCGGUGAAGUUAGACAGAUGGAUGAAUGAAUCUGAAGAAGUGCUGAGUUAUGCAAUAACACAGGAUGGAGGAGACGAUGUAGAGAACGGUUUUCCACCACCACCGCAACUUCCUCUUUAUUGGGAAGAGGAAGAGAUUGAGAGAAACAAUCAGCAGGAAAGAAAGGGAAAAUUGGGAUUCAAGACAGUAAGAGAGGAGGACGACGAAGAUUCAAAUGCUUCCACCAUCAGUCCAGAACCAUCCAGCUAUGAGACCUACCAUAAGCCUAUGGCUGACACUGCUCAUCUCUCUGACAUUUACUGGGAUGAAAACCGUUCUUCUGACCUUCAUUCCCCAGAUUCUAAACUUGAUUUUGAUGCAACACAAGUGUCUCUCACUUACCAACCACUUCAUUGUUUCCAAUCUCUUUCCCAAACUAAGCCUGAUCCAAAGUCCCCCUGCAGUAAUUACCAGCCCAGCUCAGUGCCUGCAUCUCCUACUUUAUCUGGACAUUCAGACCUAGACACCUCUCCUAACUCUAAACUCAGCCCCACUGUUGAUGUUCCUUCUCCAGCCCCCAUGUCUCUUUUUGCCUUGGCUGUCUCUCGGAGAGCUCAGAGUCUUACAAAAACAUUCUACCCUUUAUCUCCAUCCACUCAAAGUUCCUGCUCGCAAACCCAGCCUUCCAGAGUGUUCUCUCAAAAUCCACCGUCUCAAAGGUCCAGCCACUGUGUUCUAUCUGCUCAGGGUGGAAGGAGUCGAGCCUGGAGCUCCCCAUCCACAUACACAGCUGGAAAGAGUGUUGACUGACGUUCUGGACGAAUGCAAAGAUCCAGAUUUGGACGAAACUUUUCAGUUUUUGUUGAUAAACCUUCUCAGGUCACUGCCUAUAUUUUUAUUAAGAUAUGAGCUUGUUUCGUUGGCCUUUUCUUGUAUUGCAGUUUCAUUGAUUGAUUUGUCUUUUUCCACCAUUUUUUUCUUUAUGAGCUGCAUCGAGCAUCAUCUCAUUUGUUUAUUUUGCUAGGCUGAAUCAAUGUUUCCCCAUCCUGGUCCUGAAGGCAUUCCUGUCCUUCAUACUGUAGUGUUUCUUUGCUGUACACACACUGCAGCCCAGAAAGGGCUUGUUAAAGGGCUGAGUAGUUGUACCGGGUGUGUUGGGAGCUUUGAGUGCUAAAGUGUGAAGUGUUGAAAAGUGCAGGGCAGGGGGUGCUGCAGGACCAGGAUUAGGAACCACUGAGGAAGAUUAUAAUUCAGAAGGAGUUCUGAUACAGGAUUUUCUAAGAAAUGUGAUGAUAUUGUUUCUGUUUUGUCAACAUGCAUUAAUAAAACAUGUGAAGGAGCUUCCAGG